UUGGCGCCACAAUUCAAUUUCAUUUAAGCAUUCAUAAAACUAAACUAUAAUUUGUAAUAUCUAUUCAUGAAGUACGAAGUUUGCUUUUGGCCUCUUUAGAUAGUAUGGCACAGAAAAGUCACCAAGGGAAGAAAACAUAAACAAUUUAUUAUUAGAGCGCUCGUUCGGACCGGGUCGCAUGGCCGUGAUUUGUCCGAUGGCUAUGAUAUACAGAAAUACUCGGGCAAUAAACGAAUAGCCAACGCGUACAAAGGCCGCGCGACAUCAGACAUUUAAACGAACUGUGGAAGUCGAUUAUCACGGCACCGAGCCAUCUCAGCCAACGGCGUUGACAUCGGCAUCUAAAUUAGAUUCUUCAAAAAAUAGGGAAUGGCUACCACAUCCCGAAGUAGAAGAAAGCAGGACGAUGAUAAGAAGAAGAAAAAGUCACCGGUGGACGAUCGCCCUACGGUGCCAGCGCCUAGCGAAGCGAUGCUCAAAAACCUCCGGACAGCGUUUGGCCUACUCGAUCGGGAUAGUGAUGGUCACGUGACACCGGCAGAGCUUCAGUAUAUGCUACAAAAGCUGGGAAUCGAAGUCAGUGAUGACUUAAUAGCGGAACUUAUUAAGGACGCCAGUAAAACUGGAAACGGACUAAUAGAUGAGAACGACUUUAUGCAAUGGGUGACGAAAAUACAGGCUAUACAAGGAAUGGAUGUUAGUUCUAGUGGCGGUGAUUCAGAAGAGGAAAUCACCAAAGAUCUACUAGCAGCGUUCAAGGUGUUUGACCGGGAUGACAACGGUUAUAUAACUCGAGAUGAGUUAAGGACUGCUUUGGAGAUAAUCGGCGAGCCCGUAACCGACGCGCAGCUUAACCAGGUGCUUGCAUUGGGAGACAUCGAUCAUGACGGCAGAAUUGAUUAUGAGGAAUUUGUGAAAAUGCUGUUGUAACAAGUUCCCCAGAGUCCUGAAGUAAAAGACCUCACUAGAUUAAGAUCCUAAGUUAUUUAUAAGUCAUGCGAAAUAAUAGUAAUCAUCAAAAAAUUAUAGGUAUAAUACCGUGUAUUUUUAAGGCGAAUGUUUAUGCAAUAUUUUUGAUAAUGAAUAUAGUUUUGUGCUGAGAAUAUUAGACACAACACAUCGUAACAUUUUAAUAUGAAAAAGUAGCCAUCAACGGUUGUAAAUAGCGCUUCCUUUUUAUUAUUUAUAGAAUCCAUAUAAUUUGGUACUUCUAAAAUAUGAAAACACGCUAUAUUAUUGCAAAAUUUUAGAAAGAAAAAUCCGAAAGACAUCCCUAGUCCAAUAAUUUUAUAUGAAAUGAUUUUUUUAUUAUCGCAAAACUUUAAGCCAGUUUUAAGUAAAAGUUAGGGAAACUACACGCGAGAAAGAAUAAACAAACACAUCAAAAGGAAAUAAAGGGAUAAGCUAAUUCAAAAUAUAUACAUAAACAUAUUAAUAUUAUAUAUUGAUUAUGAAAGAAGAUAAUAUAAUAAAGGAUAAACUAAAAGACAGGAGAUUUUAGUCGGAAACGGAAGAUGUAUAUAAAAUGGUUUAAUUUAAACACAUAUAAUCUUUAUUUAGUCGAUCAAACAUGCCGAUAAAAAGUUUUUAUAUAAUUAUUGUUUGUCGUACGUUGAAUGCAUGUAGUUCUAGUAGUUAGGCAUAUCAUUUGUAAAGUAUUCGUUAAGUUUAUUCUAAGUACACAAUAGCUGGAAGUAAUUUAUAUUUAUGAUCCGACUGAUUGAAUAAUGUUUUAUGACAUGAAAUUUAUUCAAUCAGUUCUCAGACAUAAGUGAAAUUAACAGUAAUUGGUCCAAAAGAGAUACAAUAAAGGCCACAUUCUCAAAUAAAAACAUAUUAUAAAAUUGUGAAACAUACACGGUUGUGAGUUAUUUUAAACCAUAAAACUAUAUAUAUAUAUAUAUUUGAUGACUGGAUAAAUGGCCAUUUCUUUCAAUGUUCAUUAGUUCCAAUAAUGGUAGACUUACAUCUAAAUUAAAAAGAGCGAUUCCUGGAAUUGUAUUAGAACCAUGAUCAUUAUUAACAAGACCAUUUAUAAAAUACCAUUGCUAAUUUAUGAAUUAAACAUUAACAUUUAGAGGCUUAGUUGGUAACGCACACUUAACGCGGAGGAUCUAGGUUCGAUUCCGAGGUUGUUUAAAGUUUAUUUUCCAUAGUAGAUAGAAACAAGGGUUAGGUUCAUAUUUAGAUGUAAUCUUUUUAAAGAAUAUAUUUUGGGGUCACAUUUUUUUUUAAUACAACAAAAGCUGAGAUUUACCGAGUUUAAGUAAUUAAUGAAACAUUUGGAAUAAUUUUGUAAUCGAAUUAUGGCCUUAGAAAGGCUAGUGAUGUGAACUACAAAGUGAUUAAAUAAUACAUUUUUUA